AUGAACUCUGUCUAUGCAGGUUUCGUCAAGCGUAAUAUUGCUUGGAAUGGAAAUAACUGGGCUAUGGGUUGUGAUUUUGCCGAUAAUGAUAUGAAAAGCGUCCAAGUCCGUGGUGAAGAUUGUAGUGGAAGAUGUGCUGAAACCGCUGGAUGUACUCACUUUGUAUGGACCAAGUGGAAUGGUGGUACAUGUUGGAUGAAAAAAGGUUCUGUUUCCAAAAACGAUGCUAUUGCAACCAAUGAUCAAGACAUGGUCUGUGGUGUGGUCUCCUCAUCCAGACCUAUUAGUGUCGCCAAUGGAUAUAGCAUUCAAUUAAUGAAAUUAUUUUUGCGUAGUAGUAACACAAUCAACGUUUCGAAUCGUGGUUCACAGCCUAUUAGUGUCGGUUUCUUCAAGAAUACUGGCGCGAAUCAACCAUCAUUCGUAGCAGAAAAAGCGAUAAAUAUAUCACCGGGUGAAACACUGAGUGCUUCACUAGCGCAUGGAUGGGAAGGUCGUUUGCAGAAAUUGACUGGAGCUCCACAUGAUCCAGCUACAUGGGCUGAAAUUCAUUUCAAUGCUUGGCAAGAUAUGACAUUUUGCGAUAUAAGUCUGAUACGAGGAUUCAAUGGAGCAAUGGUUUUCUCGAGUGUAGAUGGACGUCUUCGAACAGGAUUUACGAAUGAUUUGAGACAGAGAGCGCCAAGUAAAUACAAAGUCAAAGAAUCAAAAGGCUAUGAUGUUCUUCAACCGACUGAACCCUACACAGGCGGUCGAAAUGAUGAAUUGGUAGCAUAUUAUCGCGAGAAUGUAUCAAAAGGAAAUGCUUACAUUAUCCCAGAUGAUCACUCUAGUUCGCAUGGUACCACAGACAAAAAGAUUAAUUUGGAAAUCUACUAG